ACGAGCUCUUGUUGCGAAUAAAAGGAAAUGGUGGGAAAAAACAGCAAAAAUGGGUUUCAGUUUUUCCACCAAAAACCUCUCAUACACCACACCAGUAGAGACCAGAGAGUACUAGUGAAGGGAAGGACAGUGAGAGACUCAAGAGAGAGUGAAAAUGGAAGGAGGGUUGGAAACCAGAGAAAACAUGAAAGAGAGAGUAGAAGAAGAUGAUGAGGAAGAGGAGAUGAUUUGCAGGAUUUGUCAUAGCCCUGGUGAUUCUCAAAACCCACUUCAGUACCCAUGUGCUUGUUCCGGGAGUAUGAAAUUUGUUCACCCAAAAUGUCUCCUCCAAUGGAUGGCGCAACGCAUGUCUCUUGAAUGCGAGGUGUGUAAACAUAAGUAUUAUGUCUAUCGUGUUUAUGCUGAGAAUACUCCAACAAGACUACCUUUCAGAGAGUUUGUGGGUGGGAUUGCAAUGAAAGCAUGCCAUGUUCUUCUCUUCUGUGUGCGGUUUUGUUUUUCAGUUUCUCAGCAACUCCUUAUGCCACCCCUAAUUGCAUCUUGGAUAUGGCGUUUGAGUUUAGUAAGGUGCCUUUCUGAAGCAAAAGAAUUGGUUGAUAGUCAUAUGUCUGCUUCAACAGCAAUGAUGGACUGGUUGUAUGGCUUUGUAAUCAGCAAUAUCUUAUUUGUGAUGUUGUUGUGUGGCAUUACUUUAAUAAGAGAAGAUGAAGAGGAUGCGGAGGAUAGGGCUCAUGUUGCAAUAGCUCCGACACCAGGUAAUGAGAAUCAUAUUGAUGAUGAAAUUGGCGAAGAUGAUGGGGAACCGCAAGCUAUUGCUGGAGUAAGAAAUGACGAGAAUAUGGCACCGGGGUUAAGAUUGUUGGUAAUAUUGUUGGUAGAUCCUCUUCUUCAGAGUUUUCAAGCUGUGAUGAUUGCUAUCUUCAGGUUUAAUGUUCCUCUACGAAGUACUUGUAUUUAUCUGGUCAUGAGUAUCUUAUUUUUUCUGAUUACCAAUGGUGUGCUGAUAUUGGUGCCAUUCUCGUUAGGACGAAUUAUUCUGCAUUGUCUUUCAUGGAUUUUCUUUGCGGCUUCGUCGAUUUUCAUGCCAUUUAUAGAGUCAGCACUCUCUAUAGGAAAUAACUCACUGAAGAAUGCAUCACCUGCCAUUACAAAUUUAUCUGCUGAAAUUCAGAAAGAUGGCCUGCUUUCAUGUGCUAUAGAAGUGGUCACUGAAACCUUGACUGCAAACGUUAUUGGACCAGGAGAAGCCUUAAGCAGCGUUGGCAAGCCACUUUCAGUGUACCGAAGCUCAGGCCUAUAUGAUGUUAUUACUCUUGCAACUGGAUAUAUGGUCGUUGUGUCUUUGGUCUUCGUUUGCUAUCCUCUUGCAUCAAAGAUACGCUACUAUCUAAGGAAAUUCCAGACAAUGAUGAUAUAUCCAUUCUUUCUGAUAAUUCAUCUCAUAGUUCUUCCUUUGGUGUAUGGCUGGUGGCUGGAUGUUUGUACCAUUACGAUGCUUGGGAAGUCAUUUUCUGAUAGGAUAGAAUUCUUAUUGAAAUUCCCUUUAUUAAGUUCUUCAAUGCAUUGGGCCGCAGGAAUCAUAUACAUGUUCCAGAUACACAUUUCUACUAGCCUUCUUCAAAGGGUUUUGCUUAAAGAAGUUCUAUACAUUCUCCAGUAUUUAGCAGAUCCAAUCGACAUCAUUUUACAUGGACUUAUCAGUCAUGUGUAUUUGCAAGCUAGUCGACUUUUGUUCUCCGUUGCUAUUAAUGGCAUUUCGAUAGUAUUCUAGUAUAUUUACCAGCCAUACUGGCCAUGCGAUUAGCACCAACUAUCUUCCCUCUGCGUAUUACUGUAUCUGACCCAUUCACUGAGAUUCCUGUAGUCAUGCUUCUGCUCCAGAUAUGCAUACCUUAUGCAACUGAACUGUGGGAAACAGUUGCAGCUCUUCUCUAUCAAUGGGUUACAUCAGUUUGCUGUUUUCUUGGCUUAAGUACUUUCUUGUGUUCUAGACCCGAGGACAUUGGUGGGCAGGAGAUUGUGAAAGUGGAAAUGCGGCAGGACAAACUGAUAAUCGAAUUAAGUGUGGCUAUACCUUUGUACGUCAUGUUGUGUUGUUUAUCAUUCUGGCGGGGGUAACAUUGCUCCUCUUGAGUUCAUCUUUGAUAAUCGUAUCCCUACCACUAGGACGUGUACUGUUCAGUUCCAAUUCUGACCUCCCAAUAACUCAUGGCAUUGAGUGCAACGGUGAUAUCUCUAUGCAUUCUUUAUUGGAAAUUUUUCCAUCUGGACUUCUUUCACUGGAGUAAGAUACUUGAUUGAGCACUUUAGAGCAGGGAAAGCGCAUUUACGAUUCAGCGAUCUCUGCAAGUUGUUUUUAUUAUCGUCGAGCGUUGUGUUUUAUUAUCACUUUGGAGCAUUGUUAUUCCAGUGUUAAUCGGGCUUUUAUUUGAGUUUACGUUCGUUUUUCCAAUUCGAGUAAUGGUGCCUGAAGUGCCGGUGUUAUGCUUGUGUCAGGAUUGGGCAGUGGGGUUCUUCUUCUUUAAGCUGUGGAGGACAGUGGUUUUGCUGAACCAUAGGAUUGUUCUGGUGGAUGAAAGUUGGCAGGUUAAGUUUGAGAGGGCGAGAGAAAAUGAUUUCUUGAAGCUUCCAAGGCAUUGGGUGCUGCAGGAAUUACUGAUCCCAAUCAUUAUGAAUCUGCUAUUGUCUCUCUGUCUACCGUACGUUUUUGCAAGAUGGAUAGUUCCCUCGCUUGGGUUUUAGCUAACAGUAAACUCCACUGUCUAUCGGUUCACUUGGGUAGCCUACCUGGCCAUAGUUGUACUGUUUUCCUGUGCCAAAAGAUUUCCUGUUUGGAUCACCAACCUUCACAAUUCUAUGCGAAAUGAACGUUAUUCUGGUUUGGGGCUACAAAAUUUUGGUGAAGCAGCAUUGGAGUGCCAAAGUUAGGUGAGAUGGUUAUCAGAAUCUCAAAGACACUAAAAAUCAAAGGUGAGCAGUUUUGCUGUUUUGUUUUCUUGGCAGGUAAAGUUCUUUUGAGAGAGGAUCAAAAUUGUUAUAUAAGCUACACAGUGUUGCUUGUAAAUAUUCAGAAUAGGUGCUUCGACUAGUGAGUAGGAUUUUCAAUACGAAAGGAAGGAGGUUUCAGAACUUGUUUUGGUUCUCAUUUUGAAGUUUUUUGUUUUUUAAUAAACACAUUGUACUAGAGAGUAUUCGACACCACAAGUGACACAUAAACUCAAGUCUAAGAGCUAUCUUCAAUUUGUGGCAAAUUGAAAUAUCCUUUAGGGAGCCACUGAUUCCAACACAAUAUUCUGCAAUCUUUAAUGGCAAUAUUUU